AUGCCAGGUCUUGGAUGCGAUACUCGCAUAGAAAAAUCAUCAAUAGAUAUUACGGAUCGAGUAUACGACCUACGAAAUCGUGUUGCAUGGCUUAAAAACGUCGAAUUUUGUCUAUUUGGCGAUCAAACAGAUCGAUUGGCUGAUAUAAAAACUGAACGUUAUGAUGCAGAACUAUUCAAUAAUGAUUUGAGAAAAAAAUUAAUUAAUCGUACGAAUAAGACAAUCGUCAGUCAAUCAGGAAAAAAUCUCACAAAUGUUGAAGCUAUUGAAUACCUCAACGAUAAACGAAACCAGGCGAUGAACCAACAUAAUGAACUUUUAUUUAUUCAACGUCGUUUACUCGAUCGUCUCGAAUCUCUACGUUCUCAAUCAUGUUCGGUUCCAAAUAUUAAUAAUCAAUCAGUCGCAUUAUCUAUUAAACAGAUGCGAGACACUCAUAUUGUUACUCGUCGUAUUCGAGAAAAGCAAGAUCGAUUAAAAAACGUGAAAUUAAUCAAUAAAACCUUGAAUCUUUGUAAACAACAUUUACAAUGUGAUUUAGAUUUACUUCGCAAGGAGUUACCAAAUGUACAUAAAGAUACUGGACAUAAAUUUCAUCAAAGAAUGCUUCUCAAGAAAGAAUUUACGGAUAUUGUUGCUGAAAAUAAACGACGAUUAAGAGUUUAUCAACAGUUAUUGGAUGAGACUGAAGUUCAGGGUCGACAACGGCGCGCCAUACAUGAACAGGCAAUGGCUUCUGUCAGUGAACAAUUGGAAGAUCAAUAUCAAGUACAAAUGAUGGCUGUGAAUGAGAUGACAAAUUCAUUUGAAUCACGAAAAUUUAAUGGUGAUAAUGGUCCAAUAAAAAAUUUACAACAAAACAAAGUAACCAUGAUGAAUAAUGAGGAAAUUAUUCAAGUGCGUUGUAUGUAUGAUCAAUAUUAUAAUAUCAUUAUGGCUGGAUAUCCAAUUGACAUUGCUAAUUCAGAACAAUUAAAAAUCAUGAACAAUAAUGGAUCUGCUAAAAUUAUUGCUAUGUUAACCAUGACCAAUCGAAUGAUGGAAGAAAAAGAACAACUUAAUCAACAAAUAAAUCGAAUGGAUAAACUAUUAAAAUUAAUAGAAAUGUCUACGAAUCUUAAAAAUGAUACUCGUAAUAAAAUUUUACAUACGAUGCUUGAACAACGUCAAAACUUAGAAUCAAUAUAUAUGAAUGAUACUGUUGAAGAACAAAAUCGUAUUCUACGUCAAAUGAAUGAUUUUAUUUUAGUACUAUCCAAAGCUCUUUGUGAACAUAUUGAUGUACAGUUCCUUAUCGAACCAUCGAUUGAUUUUAUUACACGUCUUCAAUAUGUAUUCGAUGUAAUUUCAAAAAAUGUGAAACCUAUACUAACGGAACCAGUUGAAGAAAAUACAUUAUAA